ACGAGAUGGAUGUAAUUAUAACAAAACGGUAAUAAUUACAUAUAACGACUUUUUUUUAAGUCAUCAAACAAGAUUCCAGCCAUAAAAAAGGCCACUGUGUCUCUUCUAAAAGUAGAUCAUAAAUGAAAUGCCCGUAAAUAGACACGCUGGUACCAAACGCUGGUGGGAACCAUUGUCUCGUGAAUCAAUAAUUUCCGGACUAACGGACUAAAGCUAUAUUCAUGUAGCAAACGGACGCGAUAUCUAAAUUAUCAAAGAUUCUAUAACGUUCGGCCUGCGGCCCACUUAAUAACCGGCGUAUGGUGGUCAUAAUGGGUUUCCACUAUAUGAAGCGACACUUUACACCACACAGUUACCCACCACGGUCCACUUUCCACCCUUUGCCGUAAAUGGAUGUCAUCCAGUUACAUGCGAUCGAGGUUCUCUCAUCCGCACACUCAACACAUGGAAGCAAACCUUUUUUUUUUAUAUCAUUCCCUUCAUCAACGGCAGCCAAGUGUCCAAGGCAGACCAAAGCACUAGAACGCAAUCGAGCAUAGACUGACCCUUUGAAGGAUACUUUCUCUUAGUCGUGGUAGUAAACGGCUCUAUACCACGACUACUAAAACGUAACCGACGUGUGAGUUCGCGCCACGCCACGCAACGUUUGGACGUUUGGCUGGGAAGGUACCUGCUCGCAAGUAUUUGCUAGACCACAGUAUCGAACGGACCACAGGCAAACCAACAACGUUGGAGAAUCAAAACGAACCAUAGGGGAACGAAACUAAAAGGCUUUCCUUCCCAUUACGUGCCAUCGACAGGUGAAGUGUUUGCAGAAUGUGUUAAUCAUGCUUGGGAAGUGGUAAACCUGUAAAUAGGUCAAAUCGGGAUAGUGUUUGCGAAUGAAAGCGAGUAUACGUCUAAGUUUGAACUGAAGAAAUAUUUUAAAAAACAUAAGUAAUUUUACUCAAGUUUUCGGCAUUUAUCAUAUGCUCGUAUAAAUGUGUAACACAACGGACCAAAACGGAGGUGGCAUGCAUGUGGAUAUUGAAGUUCCAGACACGGGUGCAGUGUUUACGUUGGGAAAAUCGUACCUUUUCGAUGAUACGAUUAAAGAGGAAACAACAUCACAGCUCGACUCAACAAACCACCGACCGGAGACCAACGGUAAAGAUGGUGUACCGGAACCCACCACAAAGGAUGUGCCGAUGCGACAACAAAGUUACUUUUUUGUCAAAAAUGAUCCGAUCGUGAAAAUUGUCUGUGGCAGCAAACAAAGUGGAGUGAUAUGCGAAUCGGGACGACUGUUCGUAUGGGGUCUGAAUGGACACGGUCAGCUUGGAUUGGGCAAAACGGAAACCAUCCAUAAACCAUCCUGCGUGCGCACGAUCAAACGUCUCAAGGAGCGUGUCCAGUCGUUUUGUUUCGGUGGAAAUGGAUUCUGUGUUAUACUAUCUGAAUCUGACAAGGUGUAUUACUGUGGGAAAAAUGUAUUCCCUUUCAAUGCAAAGAUUUCCUCCUUACUGGAAGCGACUACACUUCACAAAAAUCCCACCGAUAACAGUGAAUACACACCGUUCCCGGUAGAACUGCGAGAAUUCCAUCACCUUCUAGAUGAAUCUAGAGAGGAGCGUUUCACAGAGGUAGUGGCCGGUUUCAACCAUUUCAUUAUGCUCAGUUCCACCGGAAAUUGUUACGGCUGGGGAUACAACAGUCACCAACAGCUGGGUGGAGUCGAUUCACUUAAAAUACUCUCCCAACCGGAAAGGAUUGCACUGGAGGAACCGGUCGGACAGGUGUUCUGUGGCAACUACUGCACACUGCUCAUCACGACAGGAAACAUACUUUAUUUGGUGGGAAAAUUUCAAAAGAUCACUAUUCCGGUGUUAAAACAGCUGACGAAUUGCAUUCUGCCGGAGAGCGUGAUUGCAGGCGAAAUUACCGGAUGGGAUUGUGUCUACCUGUUGUUAGCGUCCGGCCACGUAUACCGUUCCAAUCGGAUGAGAAAGGUGGAAGAUCUACGGUUCGAACUAUUCGAAAAUUUAGAUGGAUUGUUGGCGGAGGAUGAAUUCGUUAUCAAGAUCGCAUCAGCAAACGAUUGUGUAUCGUUUAUUACCAGUGCCGGUCGUCUGCUAACGACGUACGACGAUGACUGCCCCUUCACAGCGUCAGAUCAUUUCAAAGAGCUAACAAAAUUCCGUCACUUCAACGUUACGGACAUUGCCAGCGGGAACGAACAUUCGCUAGUGUUGGCUUACCCUGCCGUAGAGCGUCUAGAUGUAACACAUGCUCUCGAGCUGCUGCACAAUGCUACACCGAUACCAACCGAGCUGCAGAUGGACGCCCAAAAGGCGCAAGAGUUUAUCCGCAACGAAAAGAGACGGUUGCGCAGGGAGCACGUGGAACGUGAGAUUUCCAAGGAUGAAUCGAUUGCGAUCGAAACGAGCGAUCGAGGCGAUUCGGACGUGCGGUUUAUCGAUAACGGUGUAAGCAUAGCGAAUGCCAUUACUCCCAACGGGAAGCGGGAACACAAACGACACCAUCACCACCACCAGAACCACCUGAGACCAUCCGACGCAGCUGAUGCGGAUGAUGAGGCGGACCGUUUCUCUGCCCACAAGGAUGUCGGACUGAGGAAAACGCACACACCCAACAUAAGUCAGCUGAUUGAUUACAGUGAUGACGAUAAUGAUAGCAUCUCAUCUCAGUCCACUUUCAACGACGAGGAAGAAGAACAUACAGACACUGGGAAGCAUGCCGGCAAACAUACGGAAAACUACAAUGGCAAAAAUGGAAAUAAAAAUGAUAGCAAUAAUAAUCGCAACGAGGAUGCACGUAAGCUGAGCCUCGGCAGCAAGCUAAACGGUAGCAUGGGCAGCACAAAGUCCAGCGACAGGAUGCGUAAGUUCUUCAAGGAGCUCAAAUCGAAAAGUAUGGAUGUAUCGUGCAAGAACCCGGGUGUCGUUUUAGACGAUGAUGUGAAGUAUUCCAAAAACGAUCAGAUUAUCCAGGCAGAGGAUCGAGCGUCGAAGGUGUGCACACUGAUGUGAAUCUGUUCACUUUUGUUGUUUCUUCAUACUGUACACACUUGGCAAAUAAAUCACUUUAAGAUAA